AUGGAGUAUUCAUUUUCAUCAGGGAAACAUGAGCUUGAAGUUGCUUAUCGCAAACGCUUGACUUCCAUUUUAAAAGUAAUUCGAUUUUUGUUAUUACAAGGAUUGCCUUUUCGGGGGCAUGAUGAGUCUUCGACAUCAUCCAAUAGAGGAAAUUUUUUAGAAUUGCUCAAAUGGUAUAGCUCGGAGUGUCCAGAAGUUGCGGCAGUUGUUGGAAUGAAUGCACCUGGAAAUAAUCAAAUGAUUGCCCUAAAAAUUCAGAAGCAAUUGGUGAAUGCUUGUGCAGUUGAGACCACAAAUGCUAUUCUAGAUGAUCUUGGAGAUAGGUGGUUCACUUUACUACUUGAUGAGGCUCGUGACUGUUCAGUGAAAGAGCAAAUGGCAGUUGUUAUUAGAUAUGUGAACAAAUAUGGAGAGGUGAUUGAACGAUUUAUGGCUGUAGUUCAUGUUACAACAACUACAGCUGCUUGUUUGAAGGAGGCAAUCGACUCUUUAUUUGCUAAGUAUGGUUUGUCAGUGGCGAGAUUGAGGGGUCAAGGAUAUGAUGGUGCUUCAAAUAUGUCUGGAGAAUUUAAUGGAUUAAAGUCACUGAUAAUGAAAGAAAAUCCGUAUGCAUUGUAUGUUCAUUGUUUUGCUCAUCAACUCCAACUAGUGGUUGUAGUUGUUGCUCAAGCAAAUCAAUAUGUUUGUGAUUUCAUGUGGAUUGUUGGUUCAAUUGUGAAUACAUCUGCAUCAUCUUGCAAAAGGGCCGACAAACUUCGACAACUUGAGCAUGACAGAAAAGUUAAACUUCUUGAAAGAGGAGAGAUUAGUUCUGGUAGAGGACUAAACCAAGAAACUAGUCUAGCUAGACAUGGAGAUACACGAUGGGGGUCUCAUCAUUCAACUUUAUGUCGUAUUGAACAAAUGUGGCCAUCUGUUAUAGAGGUUAUCGAUAUUAUUCUACAGGAGAUGGAUAGCCGUUUCUCUGAAACAACUACAGAUUUGUUGAUUAAUAUAUCAUGCCUUGAUCCUAGGAACUCGUUCUCUAGAUUUGAUGCACAGAAGUUAGUGCGUCUGGCUCAUUUUUAUGAGGAUGAUUUUUCUUGGAAUGAGCGUAUGUUGGUUGAACAAGAGCUUGAAACAUAUAUUGAUGACGUCAGAUCAGAUGAACGGUUUGAAGGCAUUUCAGAUUUGGGAGCUCUUGCAAAGAAAAUGAUUGAAACAAUGAAGAACCGUGUGUUUCCUUUGGUUUAUCGGAUGAUUGAGCUAGCCUUACUUCUUCCAGUUGCUACUGCAACCGUUGAAAGAGUGUUUUCGGCAAUGAAUAUUGUCAAAACAGAUUUGCGAAACAGGAUUGGAGAUGAAUGGAUGAAUGAUAGUUUAGUAGUCUAUAUCAAGAAAGAUGUUUUUAAUACUGUCGAUAAUGAGCUAAUUUUACAGCGUUUUCAGAACAUGGAGUCUCGAAGAAUGCAAUUGUCACGUAUUCGUUAG